AUGAACGCUCCGCAGAGUCCCACAGAAGUCCCCGCACACACCGUGACCGUGAGGGUGACCCGGGGCCACAGACUGAGAGGCCGUUGUGCAGAGUUCAAGAGUUUUGUGAGAGUCGAGGUGGACGAGUUUGCGUUGGGAGAGUCUGAGAAGAAGGUGCGAGAUCCUUCUGACGACCGCUUCAACUAUGACUUCAGCUGCAGCUUCUCGUGCAGCCGAGACGCUCAGGCCAUCGCCGCGCUGGCCGCCAAGCUUCUCAUUGUGACAGUGUUUGAUUUUGUGGCUGAGGAGAAGAAAGCAGAUGCCAGGAGCGCAGUGCUGGGUCAGGCUGUUCUGGACUUCCUGCCUUUUCUACAGGGCCAGACUAACUUCUCAUCUCGAGUUCCUCUUCAUUCUGCCUCCAUGGAUUCCAGCAACACGACUGCUGGGUCCCUGGACUUGGUGCUGGACGUCUCAGAAGCAGUGGUGUCUGCAGAGGCCCUGUCCUCCUGUCGGCUCCUGAAGGUCACCGUGGAGAGGCUCUUCUCUGUCCCUGAGUCCUGGGGCCUCUCCUCUGGCGCCUGUGCUCACACCUACACUGCAGCCAUGGAGCUCCCACUCACUGCACAGACCAAUCAGAAGCUAGUUUUCAGCGAGGGGGUGCUCAGUGCUGCAGGAGCGAGGGAGGAGGAGCAUCGGCACAAAAAGAGAGCCUUUGUGCCUCUGCUGCUGCCGGCCAACACUGUGGUCCCCGGAGCCUUCAUCGGGACAGACUCCAUGGAGACCCAGGACCAGGAGGACCAGUGUUUCCGUGUGGAGGCAGAGACUGUGAAGCCCAGAGUGAGCUGGGAUGUGGAGAUGCCCUGCUUCCUGAACCAAGAGGCCACAGUCAGGCUCCGUGAGACCAUCACCAGCUGCGGACUGUGGCCCCUGGAGAUCAUGAAGAGUCUGCCUGAGGCUUCACUGCCGUGGACGGAGAGCCCCCAGAUCCCGUGUCAUGGAGUGGCCUUCGUUGACCUGUCUCCUCUGCUGAGGCCUGGAGCCACUCGCAUCAGAGGAGCCUACAGCGUGGAGACCUUCUCCCAGAACCUGCUCUCAGAGAAGGCCCAGCGAAGUGUCAGCGUGCUCAAGGAACACGUGAGAGCGUUGACCGCUGCAGUCGCGAGAAAGAAGGGAACGGGAGGCCAGAGCUCCGCCAAGAAGCCCACACACAGCAGGAACAACGGAGCCAACGACGGAUCAGAAGUCAGACAUGAACAAGAAAAUUCAUAUGUAGAGGCCAGAACAUAUGUUGUGGUUGAGAUCUCUUUGGAGAAGCCGCUAGUUCCCAUCAAUUUCCUCGAUGAGCUGCCCAGAAGGCUGAUGGCGCUGAUCCCUCCCACACCCCGGGUUCCGAAAGGGCCUUCUAAAGCUGAAAGAGCUCUUCAGAAGUACCAUGGUCUGGUUGGAGACGCCAUCAGCCAGGCGUGUGGGUGGGCAGAGGAGCUGUACGGAGCCCAAUGUGCCUUUUCAGAUGGAGAGCGGGAACACAUGAAGGCAGAGGUGAAGAGGGAGCUGCAGACGUCCAACAGAUACGUCACGGACACAGAGGAACUCAAGCACAACGUUGUGAGGAUCGUCCUUGAGAAAAUGCAGAAGACUGAAUUAUUCUCGACGCCUCUGGAGAUUCUGCAGUUUGUUGGUGAUCUGAACCUGGACUCCAUGGAUGAGGCACAAGUGGCUCUGGCCAAAGAGGUGUUUGCAGAGGAGCAGGGCGACACCACAGAGGAGUUUCCUCUGAGUGUGGCGCAGGUGACAGAGUUUGCCACAGAAGCUCAGAGUGUUGGGGACUCAGAGAGAGCUCUUCAGUGCUGCCUUCAGCUGCUGACCAGGGAGCCUUCUAACCCUGGGCACACGUUUCUGUUGGGAAGCCUCUACAUGCAGAGCAGAGACUACAUGAAAGCUGAAGUGUGUUUCCAGGAUGUGAUCGUCUCCCAGCCGGCUCACCAGGCCAGUCUCAUCAUGUGCGGCGUCCUGGCGUUCAUGUUUGAGCAGUUCUCUCGGGCCCAGAGUCUGUGGGAGCGGGCUGCCUCUGAGGGCGGUCUGGCGCUGGAGGCCUGGACUUUACUCAGUUUGCUUCACCAGAACCAGGAGGAUGUGGUCCAGAGUCACAGAGCUUUCACCAAAGCCUCUGAGCUGCGAGUGAGAGACCAGCACCGAGGAUCCGAGGAGCAGAACGUCCAGAGCAGACCCAGUGUUUACUCACAGACGACGAGCUUCCUGCUGCAGAACUACGCUCUACAGCUGGCAGAGCGUGCUUUGGCCCAGGAGCUGCUGACCUCAGGACACACUGAGUCUUUCCUCGUUCCUUUGGGUCAUUUCCAUCUGCUCCGAGAGGAGUACAGCAGUGCUCUGGACAGCCUGGAGGGGGCGCUGCAGCUAAACCAACAGAAUGCCAUGGCCUGGGCUCUCAAGGGCCACUGCUGCUUCCUCCAGGGCUGCCUCGGCUCAGCUCAGGACAGUUAUGAGCGGUGCCUGAGCCUCCGUCCUCCUCCACACGAGGCUCACCUGGUGCAGCUCCGUCUGGGCUCUGUCUACCAGCAACAAGACCAGUUUGCGUCGGCCAAACAGGUUCUUCUGCAGACGUGUGAGGAGGCCCCGUCCUGCCUCAGCUGGAGGGGCCUGGGAGCCGCCUGUUACCGGUUGGGGGAGCUGGCUCCGGCUGAAGCUGCCCUGAUGGAGGCCAACCGUCUGGACCAUCAGAACGCCCUGGUCUGGCUCUACCUGGCCUUGGUCUGUCUCCAGGUGGGCUCCUCACACGCUAAGGUGGACUGUUCUGAACCACACCAGCUGCAGUUGUUGUUGUUCAAGGGGACGUAG